AGACAUGUACACGAAUAAACAUGUCAGCGCUUGGCGAGGAGGAUAAUACCGUAAAGACAUUGUCGCUGUCGUUUGGUGGCCAAUAUGGGCUGCCGGUAGCUAAGAGUCUUGAGCAAAGAUUGGCUGAAGAGAAUCCCUCGUUGCCGUCCUUUAUGGUCCGACCGUCUGCACAUGCUUCCCUUUCAGCUCCACGUAAUAACACCUCCCUACCAUCCACAACAAUGUCAUCUGCAACUGUACCAACGAGGUCAUGCGUACGCUUUGUGGACACUUCCCACCGGGAUUUCUUUGCGUCAAAAGAAUAUCAAGCACACUGCGACUUUGACACUCCAAAUCAAGCUGAAGGAGCGCGGUGGAGUACAUUAGGGGAGUUGGCGCACCAAUUAAGCUUUGCCCUCGAUCUGCUCGAAUUUGAGGGCGGCCGAGGGUUUGAGGCAGAGAUCUUGCGAGUUGCUGUGGAUGACAUUAUUGAUGCGACGCUAGAGGAUCCCGAGGUGGAUGUUGAUUUGGAAGUCAAGGUGCAGGCAUUGCUGGACCGGACAAGGACGCUCAUUGAUUGUGCUAUGGAGCAUGGGACUUUGAACACUGCCAAAAAGCUCAUGGACAUUUACGGCAUGGACUGGGCAACAGCACGCAAGUUGAUAGAAAGUGGGAUUCAGGUCCGAGCCCUUUUGAAUUCGUCUGAUCCAAUUGGCAUGUUGCCCGAAAACUAUCUUGACCCAUUCCAAAAUUUUGGUUUAAAGCAUUUUAAUCGCACGAAACGGAUGCAAGCAAUCAGUCGUCAAGAUUGCAUGUCUAUUCUCGAAAAGCUUCAGGCUACCCUUGCAACGUCAUACCCGGAGCUGAAGAUCAAUCCUUGCGGCUCUUUUGCGAGAGGGUUACCAAUGCUCUCCGUUAUGAACAUUGUCGUACCCUUGGACGUUUCUGAUGCAUCCAUAACCGCUGAGCGGAUGAUGAAAUUGUUUGUUGCGGAUGAUCUCGUUGAGGGUGCUUCUGUCGAGCCACUGUCAGAGAACCAAUAUCUUGCUCUUGUGCCGCUGCGAAAUCGAGCUGUCAUCUUGGAUCUAAAGGUUCUACAAUUUGAAAGUCAGAACGAUCACGUGCAGCGAGGAUAGCUUGAACGAUUUUCCAACUCGUCGCUUCCAGAGGUGUUAAAGUGCAAAAUGCUGCCAUCAAACAUUUGUAUAUCUGUAUUCUAGAUGGCAAGUGCCAAACUUUUUAGCAGUAGCAUGCACAUGUGUAUAGUCCACCUUGUCCUGCAAGAGCUUCCACACUACACAAAUAAUUUGGCAAAACGACUAGUCAUUUCCCU